GAGUUUUUUUUUAUUAUAAUUAUUCUUUGGAACCGGGAGGUUUCGUUUACUUUGCAUGGAUAUGAAUUUAAAUUUAUGUGCCAUCAGGAAAUUACUUCAAUCUGGUACUGUUCAAUCACUGAACAUUAACUAAACCCUUGUUUGAGCCCCAUUUUUCAAGAGAAAAAAGGGUUCUGUAAUAGUAUUUUUUGAGAAUGUGUGGUUAAAAAAUAAGGAAAAGUUUUAAGUUCAAGUACAAAUUACUUUAUUGGUAGAAUGUGUAGUUGAAAAUGAGUUUGGAAAAAAAUAAGUUUUUGAAUAAUGGCUUAUUUGAAUAAUGGAACUCAAACAGGGGCUAAAUUUAAUGUGCACGUUAUCUUUAUUGUCAAAAGAUGGACCUAAGUCUCUGGUGUGACUCAAUUGUUGUACGAUGCAAUACUCUGUGUCCAGAACCUCGAAUGAUUUACUCUCUUUUUGACCUCUCAGUAUGAUUAUUGUCGACAAAGCUUUAAUAAACUUAUUUCAAGAAAUUGUGUAUCUACCAAAAUGUAAUUGAAAUAAAUUAAACUAGAGGGAUUCAUGCUUUAUGGCUUUCAGCAUUUGGUGCUUGACAUUGCUGGUUCCUUUCGUUAUGCCUUUUAUUUUCUGCAGGUUCCAGUAAGGGUGGCUGGAGGUUUGCUUUUCGAGCUUCUGGGGCAGUCUGUUGGUGAUCCUUUUGUCGAAGAAGAUGACGUUCCCAUUGUCCUUCGUUCAUGGCAAGCACAGAACUUCCUUGUAACUGUUUUGCACGUGAAAGGAUCUACUUCAAGAAUUAAUGUUUUGGGCAUUACAGAAGUCCAGGAACUUCUUCUUGCUGGUUGUUAUAAUACACCGAGGACAGUACAUGAAAUUACAGCACAUUUAGCUAGCCGCCUUGCCCGGUGGGAUGACAGGAUAUUUCGGAAAUCCAUCUUUGGGGCGGCUGACGAAGUGGAAUUGAAGUUUGUGAACAGGAGAAACUAUGAAGAUUUAAAUCUUUAUGGUAGUAUCCUGAACCAAGAAAUAAGAAGGUUAUCAAGACAGGUUAUUAGAGUAAAAUGGUCACUCCACGCUAGAGAGGAGAUUGUUUUUGAGCUCCUUCAGCAUUUGAGGGGGAAUUCAACAAAAACCCUGCUGGAAGGAAUACGAAAGAGUACUAGGGAAAUGAUUGAAGAACAAGAAGCAGUUCGUGGUCGCUUAUUUACCAUCCAAGACGUCAUGCAGAGUACUAUUCGUGCAUGGUUGCAGGAUAGGAGCCUUACUGUCACUCAUAAUCUAGCUGUAUUUGGAGGAUGUGGCCUUGUUCUUUCCAUAAUCACUGGGCUUUUUGGAAUCAACGUGGAUGGGAUCCCUGGAGCUGAAAACACACCAUAUGCCUUCGCUCUAUUUGCAGGACUUCUAUUCUUCUUAGGUAUAGUGCUAAUUGUGGUCGGGUUGAUCUACCUUGGGUUAAAAAAACCCAUCAACGCAGAGCAGGUGGAAGUGAGGAAGUUAGAGCUCGACAAGUUAGUCAAGUUGUUCCAACACGAGGCAGAGACUCAUGCUCAGGUUCAUAAACCUGUCUUGCGCCAUAACUUGCCACCAACAGCUGGAGAUAUCUUAGAAGAUGCUGAUUAUGUUCUAAUUCAGUGAUGCUAUAAUGGCCAAUUGAGUUACCUUAGGGUAUUUUUUUUGGCUGAAUGGAAAAUAAAAUUGUCUUAAUUUAUCUCUACUGUUGCACCAUACGAAUUACAUGUUAAUUAAUGGCACAUGUUUAAUUGAAUUGAAGAUGUUUGAUGUCAA